CGAUGGGGUAAGAUCCACACAGGAAACGUUUCACAGUAGAUCUGUUCUCCAUCUCCAUUAAUCGAAUCAGCCGAGAAGAAAUGUCAGAGCGUCAUCAUCAUGAGAGUUUGGUGUUGCGGGUCUCCAGCCUGCCUCUGGUCCGCUCAGCGCUGCAGUCCAUCACCUCUGUCUACUCUGAGGUCAAAGGUCGUUACCCUCUGCUGAACCUGGUGGGGGAGGUCGCUGAAGUCGGGGUCCGCAGUGUCUCCAAUGUCGCCAUGACGACGGCCACGCCCCUCCUCCAGAGCCUGGAGCCGCAGAUCGAAGUCGCCGAAAGUUUUGCUCUGUUUGGUCUCGACUCUCUGGAGAAAAACUUCCCCAUCCUGAACCAAUCAACGGACGAGGUGGUGGGUCACCUGAAGGACGCUUUCUUCCUGACUCUGGAUGACGUGCAGCUGUGGGUGGUGGAGGGUCUGGACUUGGCUCUGGAUCAGAUGGAGCGUCUGUCUGAAGGCGCUCUGGCGGUGGUGAGGCAGCUUCAGGACUCUCAGGUGGGCCAGGUCGCCUCCUCAGGGCUGGACGACCUGCUGAGCCGCCUGGAGGAGGCCACCGCCUACUACCUCCCCCUCCCCCCCACCCUGCGCCGGGAGUGGGAGCUCAGGGUGCAGGAGCUGGAGGAUGAACAGGAGGAUGAUGGCGAGCCCAGCAUGUGGACCAGGGUCCGCAGUCUACUGCUGAACCUCGGCCUGCAGCUGUAUCACCGGCUGAUGAAGGUCCGGGAGAUGCUGCAGAGAGCCGCCCUGACUCUGGGGGGCGCCGCCAACCAGGUCGGUCUGGGUUUAGUGCUGGAUCUGACCGGAGAGCUGCUGCUGUACCUGCAGCGCCUCCUGGUGGCGUUGGUUUACCGGGCGGAGAACAUCCGGGAGCUGAUGAUCAGCGAGGUCAAAGGUAGAGCCGCCAUGCUGGCGGAGCUGCGUCCUGUCCGUCAGAUCUCAGAGCUACCGCUCCAGAUCCAGCAGCUGCUGGGAGACCUGCAGGACCUUGCCAAGAUCCUGUUGCAGCUCGUCAUCAACGCCACGCCGCUCUACACCAUGCUCCAGCAGCCGUCUGCACAGGAGGUCGAGGACUUCCUGAACCAGGAGGACUUUUCGGGCGAUGUCUCGUCUGGCCGUAACUCCGCUGACAGUCUCUUCCUGAAGGCGAUGGACGGACGUCCUCGCCGCCGCCGGAGUCUGUAUUCCCGCAGUGGCAGAAGCCCAGCGGGCCCUCAGAGCCCUGACCCGCCCAAUGGUCGGCGCCGCUCCAGCCUAAAGGACCUGACGCCGCCCGAGGUCGAGGCCAAACCGCUGCCGAUCCCUUCCGACGGUGGCAACAUCCGCCGCCCUUCCGCAACCGAGCUGCUGCUGGCGCCGCUCAAACAGUUCGUCUCUCAGAGCCAGAAGGCCUUCGAGUACCUGAGCCCCAACUCCCUCGAAGAACCGGAACCCGCCGAGAUUGCCGACAACGGCACGGCACCAGUCGACUGCUAAACGCCAGGCUGAGGUCUCUGAUCCACGACAAACCGCUCCCUGACCCAUCUCCGCCCUCCCUCUCAGCCCGGGAGGAGGAGCCGUCCCUGCCUCAGCUGGCGCUGGUUUGCUCGUUCACCUUCAGAAACGGAGCGAUCACAAAGUCAUCUUAAAGGUUGUAGAUCGUGACAGAACAGGAAACACUUAACCAUUGCUUCACCCGUCCUUUAAGGUUCAGUCUCAUCAGAACACUUCAUAUUAAAGAGGUACACAUAUUCACUCAUUCGCUCUUGUGUGUAUAUUAGUAGCUUCUUGGCUUUGCCUCGUCCACGGUUUCAUUUCCCUCAAUAAAAAAGUUGUGGUAAACGACUCAAAGCUUAAAAUGG